CGUUGCCCAAGCAACUAGGGCAGAUCACCCUCAGUGCUGGAGGGAGACUGCAGGCCCGGGUCACGGGGGCCUCGAGCUCGGGCUUGGGCCCAGAGUAUGUUCCAGAUCCCAGAGUUUGAGCAGAGUGACCGGGAAGACUCCAGUCCUGCACAUAGGUGCCUGGGCCCCAGCCCCAAAAGGGGCCGGCCCUCAGGCCCCAGAAACCGCCACCACGCGUCCCCAGGCCCCCUGGGGGAUGCCAGUCACCAGCAGGGACAGCCGACCAGCAGCAGCCACCAUGGAGGCGCUGACACUGUGGAGACCCGGAGUCGCCACAGCUCAUACCCCGUGGGUUCCGAGGAGGGUGAGGGGCUGGAGGACGAGCCCAGCCCCUUUCGGGGCCGCUCACUCUCGGCGCCGCCCAACCUCUGGGCUGCACAGCGAUAUGGCCGUGAGCUCCGCAGGAUGAGUGAUGAGUUCGAGGGCUCUUUCAAGGGACUUCCUCGCCCGAAGAGCGCGGGCACAGCAACGCAGAUGCGGCAAAGCCCCAGCUGGACACGCAUCAUCCAGUCCUGGUGGGAUCGGAAUUUGGGGAGAGGUGGCUCCGCCCCCUCUCAAUGACCUUCCGUCCCACGUUCCUGAAACCCCGCCCACUCCCGCCGCCGCCGGUGGCCAUCUUGGGUGUGGGCGGAAGUCUUCCGCAGGCCUUAAGCAAAAAGAGGAUCCGUUCUAUCCCGUUAGCAGGGAGCCGGUCUGAGCCAGAGACCGAUUCCCUUCCGGUGCGAACUGGGGCCACCGAGGGUUCGGCCCCAUCGGAAGUUCAAGCGGCUAUCUAGCCCCGCCCUCCGGCGCUUCCUGCCCCCCAGGCGCCUGCGACAAGUUGCGAGCCAGAAUUAACCGUUACUGCGCAAGAACCGUUUACUCCCGGGUAACACAGCGGGUCUGUGCUCGCAACUCACUGUGCUAAUAAAGCCCGUGUCUUUGCCGCCAAGUGUCCUCUGUCCGUUGCUGUGGGUUUUCCGGGAGGGCUAGUGCUAACACUAGUAGAGCACCAAGAGACGCCCCCGCUUUACACGUAGGGGAUACAGAAUCUUUUUAA